AUGUAUGAUUAUGACAACGUUUCAUCGCGUUUCAGUGGGUUUAGAAGGCCAUCUUCGUUUCAAGAUUUGCCUGUCGAAUGUUUGGCUGUGAUUUUCGGAUGUCUGAACGAGCAGGAAAUUUGCAGCGCGGCCCUGGUAUGCAGGCGUUGGCACGAAGCGUCUAAAACACCAAAUUUAUGGCAACAUGCAGAUUUCCGACUAGUGAAUAAACACAAGUAUCCUUCUGCUCCGAAGAGAUCUCCGCAUUUUGACCUAACACAAAAGUACAAAGACUACACCGCUCACUUGCUGGCAAAACACGCCAACAUCAGACAUCUCAGCUUUGACUUGGACUUGAAUUCCGAUUAUGAGACGUUGGCCGAGCUCAUCUCUUCUGGCAGGUGUCAUAAACUAACAUCGGUAGACAUGAAAUGGGCUGAUUCAUGGGACUAUCGUCGAUGGAAUAAACUAGAAGACCAGCUUUUAUUUUUCCACUCGUUGUUGGUGUUAAUGGGGAGUUACUGCACCAAACUUCAAGCUGUCAGAACGCAGUUUAAUUGGACGACAGAAUCACUAAAUUAUCUACUGGCUUUCAAAAACUUGGAAGAAUUAGAACUUUCCAGUGUACCACGAGUGCAUCCGGUACAACGAUGGCACAUUGAAACACUACUCGCAGGCUGUGUUGCUUUGAAGAAAUUCAAAAUAGAUGCCAGAAUUUUGCCCGAUCUGGUCUACAAGUAUUCUUUCAAAUCAGACUCAUUAGAACUGCUGGAUAUAUCCAUGUCUGUUAAUUUGUUCAUCGUCGAAAUGGUGCUUCCAAGACUGCACACCUUCACUGCAAAACACUUUACAUGUUACCAGAAAUACACUGACAUAUGUCUGUUUGAGGUACUUGACAGAGGGUGUCCAGCUCUGCAGUACAUUAACGAUGUGAGUGCAGAAAAUCCUGGGCUACAGAAUUUUGGGAUGUCACGGGAACAGGAGUGGGAUCUUCGAAUAUGUUACUGUACAAAUCACUGUGGCUCUGGCAGAAAUAUACAAGAUGUACAACCAUGA